CCCGGGCCAUGGCCGCCGCCGAUGCUGAGGUCACCAGUGUUGUAAUUGUUGUGCGUCCUUCAGGAUAUUUAUUUCCAUUUGAUUUCAGUGGAUUCUGAAGAUGGAUCACCACUCUCAUUCAGAUGAAAUUCUUUGGAGAGAACUUUAUUUUCAAACAGGCUGUUCCGGCAAAGGGGGAGCCCAAGCAGGACUGCUGUGUGAGAACUGAGCUGCUGAGAGCAGAGACGUCUAUGGCUGCUGACGAAGGUGCAGCAGAGAAGCAGGCAGGAGAGGCCCACAUGGCAGCCGACGGAGAGACCAAUGGGGCUUGUGAAAAGAAUGAGGCCAGCAGUCAUCUGAAUGCAGCAAAACACACUCAGGAGAGCACAAAAGUCAGCCCACAGGAAGGAACCAAUAAACUAACGUGGAUAGCGGAAAAUGGAGUUCCAGAAAGAGACACAGAAGUGGGGAAGCAAAACCAUGUCACAGCUGACGACUUCAUGCAGACUUCUGUCGUUGGCAGCAAUGGGUACUUCUUAAGUAAGUCGGGCCUGCAGGGGCAGACCUUGAGGACUACUAGCACCCUGGCCUCUUCGCUUCCUGGCCAUGCUGCGAAAACCCUCCCUGGAGGGGCUGGUAAAGGCAGGACUCCAAGCGCUUUUCCUCAGACACCAGGUGCAACAUCCCCUGUGCUCGGGGAAGGGAGCAUGGACGUGGAGGACAGGAAGCCCCCAGCCCCAGGUGCUGACGUCAAAGUCCACAGGGCACGCAAGACCAUGCCGAAGUCCAUCAUGGGCCUGCAUGCAGCCAGCAAGGAUCCCAGAGAAGCUCGAGAAGCUCGGGAAGCUCGGGACCAUAAGGAACCAAAAGAGGAGAUCAACAAAAGCAUUUCUGACUUUGGACGACAGCCGCUCUUACCGCCUUUCCCACCCCUUCAUCAGUCUCUACCUCAGAACCAAUGCUACAUGGCCACCACGAAAUCACAGACAGCUUGCUUGCCUUUUGUUUUAGCAGCUGCAGUAUCUCGGAAGAAAAAACGAAGAAUGGGAACCUAUAGCCUGGUUCCUAAGAAAAAGACCAAAGUAUUAAAACAGAGGACGGUGAUUGAGAUGUUUAAGAGUAUAACUCAUUCCACUCUGGGUCCGAAGGGUGAGAAGGACCUGGGCGACAGCACCCUCCACGUGAAUGGAGAGAGCCUGGACAUGGACUCGGAGGAGGAUGACUCAGAGGAACUGGAGGACGACGAUGGGCAUGGGGCUGAGCAGGCAGUCACAUUCCCCACCGAGGACAGCAGGACCUCAAAGGAGAGCAUGUCUGAAACCGACCGCACCCAGAAGAUGGAUGGGGAGUCUGAGGACGAGCCAGAGUCGGUGGACACGGGGGAGGAAGAAGAAGGCGGUGAUGAGUCUGACUUGAGUUCCGAAUCCAGCAUCAAGAAGAAAUUUCUCAAGAGGAAAGGGAAGACUGACAGCCCCUGGAUCAAGCCAGCCAGGAAAAGGAGGCGGAGAAGUAAAAAAAAAACCAGCAGUGUGCUCGGUUCUGAGAUAUAUAAGUCGUCUUCAGGAAUCACAGAGCCGAUGGCACCAGAAGGCAGCGCGGGGUAUGUGGAGGUUUCUCUGGACUCCCUGGAUCUCCGUGUCAAGGGGAUUCUGUCCUCACAAGCGGAAGGGCUGGCCAAUGGUCCGGACGUGCUGGAGACAGAUGGACUCCAGGAGGUGCCUCUCUGCAGUUGCCGGAUGGAGACGCCGAAGAGCCGUGAGAUCAGCACCCUGGCCAACAACCAGUGCAUGGCCACCGAGAGCGUGGACCGAGAAUUGGGCCGGUGCACCAACAGCGUGGUCAAGUAUGAGCUGAUGCGCCCGUCCAACAAGGCGCCGCUCCUGGUGCUGUGUGAAGACCACCGGGGCCGCAUGGUGAAGCACCAGUGCUGUCCCGGCUGCGGCUACUUCUGCACAGCGGGUAAUUUCAUGGAGUGUCAGCCUGAGAGCAGCAUCUCUCACCGUUUCCACAAAGACUGUGCCUCUCGAGUCAAUGAUGCCAGCUACUGUCCCCACUGCGGGGAGGAGACCUCCAAGGCCAGAGAGGUGACGAUAGCGAAGGCAGACACAACCUCUACGGUGACUCCAGUGCUCGGACAGGAGAAAAGCUCAGCCCUGGAGGGCAGGGCUGACACCACCACGGGCAGUACGGCCGGGCCACCGCUGGACGACAAGCCACAUGGCGCAGCCCCCCAGGUGCCUGAGGGCUUAGAUCCAUCGGGACCUGUUGGGCUGGUUCGGCCAACUCCUGGCCUUCCCCAGGGACCAGGGAAGGAGACCUUGGAGAGUGCUCUGAUCGCUCUGGACUCGGAAAAACCCAAGAAGCUCCGUUUCCACCCAAAGCAGCUAUACUUCUCCGCCAGGCAGGGGGAGUUGCAGAAGGUGCUGCUCAUGCUGGUUGAUGGAAUCGAUCCCAACUUCAAAAUGGAGCAUCAGAGCAAGCGCUCACCCCUGCACGCCGCAGCGGAGGCCGGCCACGUGGACAUCUGCCACAUGCUGGUCCAGGCGGGCGCCAAUAUUGACACCUGCUCGGAGGACCAGAGAACCCCAUUGAUGGAGGCAGCAGAGAACAACCAUCUGGACGCAGUGAAGUACCUUAUCAAGGCUGGGGCACAGGUGGACCCUAAGGAUGCAGAAGGCUCCACGUGUCUGCACUUGGCUGCCAAGAAAGGCCACUAUGAUGUCGUCCAGUAUCUGCUUUCAAAUGGACAGAUGGAUGUCAACUGCCAGGAUGACGGGGGCUGGACACCCAUGAUUUGGGCCACCGAAUAUAAGCAUGUGGACCUUGUGAAGCUGCUGCUGUCCAAGGGCUCGGACAUUAACAUCCGGGACAACGAGGAGAACAUAUGCCUGCACUGGGCGGCAUUCUCCGGCUGCGUGGACAUAGCUGAGAUCUUGCUGGCUGCCAAGUGUGACCUCCACGCUGUGAACAUCCAUGGAGACUCACCCCUGCACAUUGCUGCCCGGGAGAACCGCUACGACUGCGUGGUCCUCUUUCUUUCUCGGGAUUCAGAUGUCACCUUAAAAAACAAGGAGGGAGAGACACCCCUGCAGUGUGCAAGCCUCAACUCCCAGGUGUGGGGAGCCCUGCAGAUGAGCAAGGCUCUGCGAGACUCGGCCCCCGACAGGCCCAUCCCUGUGGAGAAGACGGUGAGCAGAGACAUUGCUCGAGGCUACGAGCGGAUCCCCAUCCCUUGUGUCAAUGCGGUGGAUGGGGAGCCGUGCCCCAGCAACUACAAGUACGUCUCUCAGAGCUGUGUGACAUCCCCCAUGAACAUCGACAGGAACAUCACGCAUUUGCAGUACUGUGUGUGCGUGGACGACUGCUCCUCCAGCAACUGCAUGUGCGGCCAGCUCAGUGUGCGCUGCUGGUACGACAAGAAUGGCCGGCUCCUGCCAGAGUUCAACAUGGCGGAGCCCCCCUUGAUCUUCGAGUGCAACCAUGCCUGCUCCUGCUGGAGGAAUUGUCGGAACCGCGUUGUGCAGAAUGGCCUUAGGGCCAGGCUACAACUCUUCCGGACACGGGACAUGGGCUGGGGUGUGCGGUCUCUGCAGGACAUCCCCCUGGGCACCUUUGUCUGCGAGUAUGUCGGGGAGCUGAUCUCUGACUCAGAAGCCGAUGUUCGGGAAGAAGAUUCUUACCUUUUUGAUCUUGACAAUAAGGAUGGUGAGGUGUACUGCAUCGACGCACGUUUCUACGGCAAUGUCAGUCGCUUUAUCAACCACCACUGCGAGCCCAACCUGGUGCCAGUGCGUGUGUUCAUGUCCCACCAGGACCUGCGCUUCCCCAGGAUCGCCUUCUUCAGCACCCGCCCAAUCCAGGCUGGAGAGCAGCUGGGGUUCGACUAUGGAGAGCGCUUCUGGGACAUCAAAGGCAGGCUCUUCAGCUGCCGGUGCGGCUCAGCCAAGUGUCGGCACUCAAGCGCGGCCCUUGCCCAGCGACAGGCCAGUGUGGCCCAGGAGGCCCAGGAAAACGGCCUGCCGGACACCAGCUCCGCAGCUGCUGCUGACCCUCUAUGAGACGCUGCAGGCAGUGGUAUACUCCAGGGUCAGAUGUCGGCACCGCGUUUAGAGAUGAGGGUUCUGCACUGGCCUCCAAGGGGCUGCUCUGCUGACUCCUGGAAGGGUCGGGGUGAAGCUGCAAGUCCAGGCUUAGUGGCCUGCAGGCAGGUGUGGGCACCUCCCAGCAGUGUUGGCAGACCUAAGACCUCACAUCUGGGCCCAGUGCUCAGGCUGGAGUAGACACUUAGGGCUGCCUUGCACCUUGGAAGACACUGGGAUUCCACAUUGGCAUAACCUUGUGAGUCUCUGAUGGUGGCUUUGUUGUUGCAGAGUUUCUUGUUUCUCCCUCUGAUCUCUGAGGUUCCUGCUCCACUCCUGGACUGGUUUGUUCUCCUGUCUGGUCCAGACUGUUCUAUGUGGUGCCCACCAAAGCCACCGUCACUGCAAGCUGCUCCAUUAGACCAGCUGCCCAUAUCUAUGUGGCUGGUGUCAGUUUCCGGGGAUGCACGGAGGACACUGUCUCCAUCAUGGCUUUGGAGAGGUCAGGGGCCGCGCCCACCACUAACUUUGGAGAAAGUGUGGGUUUGCUUUUUAAAAGGAAUCUUAUAUCUAGUCCUAUAUAUCGAACCUCUAACUGGCGUUUCUUUUCAAGGAAGUGGUUUGGUGGGUGCCGGCGGACUCCAUACCAGCCCCCGCCAGUUCUGUGGGCGCUGGCACCUUCUGUUGAUUUUUUUUUAAGCCACAUGCUAUGAUGAUGCAUAAACUGAUUUAUUUUCUACCAUUACUGAACAUUAGGACAAACAAAAUAAAAAAACACAAAACACAGACAACGGUGCUGAUUCUGGUGUGGUUUCUACUCACCAUGUGAAAAAAAACUAUCAACUGUAUAAAGAGAACAAAGUGAUUUUAGAAUAAAAUGCAGGAAAAAACUUUUUUUAAAAUGUUAGUCUUGUAGUGUGAAUAAAUUUGCCAUCACCUUUUGUGUGAUGGCCUGGCAGGUCAUAUUCUUCUUCUUCUUCUUCUUCUUUUUUUUUUUCUUUUUUUUGCAUAUACCUUUUAAAUACUGUAAUUAGUGCAGUAACAGUGGGGUUUUUUUGUGCAACUCUUCUAAAACAUUCAUAAUGCAGUCAUGUUUAUUUUUUCUGUUAAAAAUGUUUUUGACAGUUUUAAGAGCAAUCUUUUGGCUCAGACCAUUUCUUGUUCUGUUUUCAAUGAAAUCAAUAAAAAAAAAAAAAGAAGUACUUUAAA